GGUAACACUUACAGUUUCAUGUAUGUUCAUUGGUGACGAGCUAACUUUCGUGAAAACAGUACUUAACCUAACUAUUACAAAUCGUAGUUGUGAUAUCAUGUGAUAAAUUAUAUUAAUAAAACCUGUAGUAAACAUGUCUAAUAUUCUACAAAAAGAAGACAAGCUGGGGGCAGUUAUAGUUCAGGUUCAAGAUGAUUUAAGACAACUCAAAGCUACUCUUGAGAAAAUCACUGCCAAUGAGAAGAGCAAAACACUGGACACUCAAGCCCUGGACAACGCCAUUUGUCGGACCGAGAAUAGCAUCAGGAAACAUGCGGAGGAUUAUCUGAAAACUGUGAAUAAGCAGCAACUGGUUCUUCCAAGCAUUGAAGACUUGCAAAAGAAGACAGUGCAGAUUCCUAAAUGGAAACCUUCUCUUGAGAGAGUCUCAGAUGUGCAUCCACAAAGGGAAGACCUUCCAGGAGCUUCACCUUGGAGAAAGCAAGGUUUAGCUGUAAACACGUGUCACCCAAACACCAGAAUCUUUUUGCAUCAAAAAUCUGGGAUAUCACUCCCUGAUAUCCACAAAAAGAGCCCAAAUGCAGCAAAACAUGGCAGAAUGAUCACUGGCUCUGUGGCGAGACUUCAGGCUAUUAAAUCAAAUGUCCGUUGCAUCCCUGGAAUACCUGAAGAAGACAAGCGCACAGGUUCAAAGUGCCAUAAACAGCUAAAAUGGGAAACAGAACCUGAAUCCACCGAUGUAACAACAGACAGUGAAUGUGCACCUUUCUGGAGCACAAAGACACCGCCUCCCUCCACAACCUCAAAGAGCAUGGACCAACGAGACCAAAGAGAUAAUCUUAUCUCUGGAAGCCUUCAGAAUCUACCUGUGCCAGCUCCUGUAAACAUCACCAAAUACCCCUUUACAAUCAUAAAGGGACAGACUGAUCCAACGGCAACCGAUUUCUGCCACUUCAAGCAGAGUUUUAGCUUAUGCUGGACCACUGUGGUCGAUGCUCUAGGGGCCCUAGAAAAACUGCUCAGAGACUUUGCUGUGCCUCUGGCAAAAGUGAGCGGAGAACGGUUGGUGGAGUUUAGCCAUGGUCGGAACAAUGGUUGGAGAAAGGCUUCUUUAGAGAUCCCUCUCAUCUUGGUGCUUGAAAACUGGGAGGAGGUAUUAGGUGUGGUCUCACGCCCAGGUCAGCGCUAUAAGGGUGAGGGAGGCAUGGAGGCCGCUGCCAUCCACAUCCAGUCCUGCUGGAGGCGCUACUCAGCCCGGACAGCCUACCUGUGCCACUGCCGGCGCAAGUGGGCGGCUGGCAUCAUCGCCAUCUCAUGGUUGAUGCACGCUCAGAUGCGCCGUGUCAGGAAGACCCUGCAGGCCCGGCGUUUCAGUCAACUGGAGAAUAAUCGCAGCAGAGCACAGCAUCUGGCAGCCAACUGGAAACACAUCCAGUCCUCCAAGAGGACCAUUAUCCACAUCCCUUCAUUAGGAUACUCUCAGAGCCAGCGACUGUACUUGAGGGGAUUUGACGUCCUACAGAACAUCCAAAUAAGCAGAGUGUGUGAUGUUAGAGAUGAAAAUGUGGAGGUGAUCUACGUUUGUCCCCAGCAUUUGGGGGACAACAUCUUGCAGUAUUACACCAGCCUCCUGAAGUGUGAUGGAGCCACAGAUGGGACUGAUAACAGGACAACUCAGGCCUCAUCCUGCAUGAGACGCUUUAUCAUUCUCACACCUGAGGCUGUGGAUUAUUUUCUGACCCAUAACAUGUGCCUGUCUACGCUGCUAAAGUACAGUCCAUGCACCCUGAAGCGCAUCAGAAACCUGAUCCAGGGGAAGCAGGCCUUUAUUGUGGGUGGAGUGGCCCAUGUGGAUGACCUGGCGGUGGCUGAUGAGCUGGGUGUCCCAAUCCUGGGUCCAGAACCAGCUAUUGCACAACUUUACAGCACAAAGUCUGGAGGAAAGAAGAUCUUUGCAGGGGCAGAGGUUGAUGUACCUCCUGGUCAAGGAGACAUCUACUCGCUAAACCAGCUUCAUGAAAUGCUGGCAGAGCUUAUGACCCAAAACACUGCUGUGCAGCGCUGGAUCUUCAAGAUUGACUCUGAGCAUGGUGGCCGUGGUACUGCGUACUGUGAUGUGUGCCAUCUCAGCUGCUAUAACUGGGCCCUGCAGAAAUAUCGUCGUUGUGGUCCUGAGCUAUGGAAGGCUGAAUGGAUUCAGGAGUCUGUACUGCUCAAAUAUUUAGAUGAGAUCCCAGAAUGGUUGGCCCAUUAUGCCCAGCCCGCUAAAACGUCCUGCUAUCCCAACUGGGCCUGCUUUCUGAAGACCUUCCUCAGGCAAGGCGGUGUGGUGGAGGCCUAUCCCCCUUCAGAUAGUGUCACCUGUCUGACAGUAGAUCUGCUGCUGGAGCCUGCGGGGGAGGUGACCAUGCUGUCUUGUGGAGACCAGCUCCAUGGCUCUUGUCAACUGGAAGCUGUAGGUUCCACUGUUCCUCAGACCUCUGUACACCCAGAGACUUUGCGCUCUAUCUGCAUCCGUGUGGGCCAGGCCUGUCUGCAGCGCCUUAUCGUUGGUUAUGUCUCUGUGGACCUGGUUACUUAUCUGGACCACAACACCAUGGAACAGAAGGUGUGGGCUGUUGAUCUGGACAUCGCAUACAGUGACCAGCUGGCCAUGACCCAGAUGCUUCUGAUGGUGACUGGAGGAACCCUGAAUCUCCACACAGGCUGCUUACAAGUGCCAGCACCAAUCAGAGAGAAAUGCUGUGAACACCAGAUUGCAGCCAAACCUCCUGUGGGUAAUCGUUAUGCAGUUAUUGGGAACCACUUGCAUCACACCAACCUUUCCAUGUUGUACCAUCAUGUGUUCUUUCAGAUGUGCAAGGUUCAGGGCAUAGGAUUUAACAUGAAGGAGAAGCAAGGCACAGUUUUUGCUCUUUAUGACAACAGUAAGCGGUGCAGUAUUGGAAUGAUAACCGUCUCAGAGGAUCUCCAGGGAGCUCUUGUGACCUUUGCUCGGAAUCUGUCAGUCAUUCAUCAGGAGAUAUCAUCCUCUAAAAUGCAAGGAGAAACCAAUUUCAAGAGACUUAUCAAGGACAUAGAAGAUGUACUGCGCACGACUGCUCAGAACAAGAAGCAAAUGGAGGAAAGACCUGCUGCUUAGACAGUUGCUGCACUAACAAACUUGCCUGACUAUUGCCAAGUUAAGUGGUCAUGUCAAAUACACUGUGAAUGUGUGAAUGCUCGAGAUUGGACUCAUUGAACAUAGUUUGCCAAAUAAAUUUCUGAAAAAUAUUGGCAGAAUCUGUCAUGAAUCUGAAUAACUAUUGAUUUUGGGAUCUGUUUUAACAGUCUGAACAUGUAGUAUUAUUGGAAAGCAAAAACUACACAUGCAGUAAGCCAAGUACAAAAUGUUUCCAAAAGGGAAUCAGUAAGUUUUCAUGCAUUCACAUUAUAUAAGAAAAAAUAGCUUUAUCAGAAACUUGUUUAGACAAAUACAAAGGAAGUAAAGGUAUAGAUACACUGUAUACUAGAUGAGUGCAGUGAGUGCAUUGUUUAGCGUUCAUAAACAUAUAGAGGUUUUCUGCAGUGAACGUGGUGUCACACAUUACUUUGGUUGAUGAAGACGUGUUUAGUAUUGACUGCAGUUUCAUCCUCAAAGGACUCUUUAAGAUGACAACUACAAGUAAGAUGACAGUUAUGUUUUCCUAAAUACAGUAUAUUGCUCUUGAAAAUUCACACUUUAUGCUAACGUGCCUGUUUUUUUAGUCUGUUUAGAAUUAUGGUGAUUAUUUUUGGAUUAUAUGCUUUAUUAAUGGAAACACACAAAUGUCAGAAUCGCUCAUAAAUAUUUUACAACAUUAAUACACAGAGUUUGCAGCAAGGAUGUAUGUUUUUGUUUCAUCCAGGUAUCUGAUUAAAUUAAUUUGAGCAGUUGGUUUAGAGAAUCUUGGCCUUGAUCUCAGUGCUUAAACUUAGUGUAGCAUUUUUCAGGGUAAUGUCCAAAUGUAUGUGUUUUUGCUACCUUAAAUACAUCUUUAUUUCUAAAAGUAAAAACAUGAAUUUCAAAGAUAUGCGACAAAUAAAUGUGUGACUAAUUUUGAUUUUA